AUUGUUCAGAAACAAUCCUGAUUUAAGUCACAACUUUUAAAACUAGUAAUAAGGUUAACUAGCUUGGGUUGUAAGAUUUUAUCCAGUUUAAGGAUACCUUAUACAGUACAUUAUUGUGGUUCACGGAUAUCAAGGUGCUUCUUCAAUAUGGCUUCAGUGACUGUUAUAAGAAACCCUCGGUAAGUAAGAGUCCUUUAGGUUUAAAAGUUAAUUCCCACAUGUAGAAAGAAAAAUGAGGUGUAGAGAGAGGUUAAGGCUCAAAGGAAAAAUGUUUAAGAGGCCCACAUGAUACAUAAGGAAUCAGAACCCAGGUCUUUGUCAAAUGUCUGCUCCCACCCCCAUGCUAAGACAACAUUUAAACAGUGAUUGAAAUAAUCUCAGGACAUCAGUACACUGAUGUGAUGUGUAUGCUUUCUAAUAAAACAAUUUUGUCAUUUUUAGAAAUAAAAAUGCUUUCAUUUGAAGACUGAAAAAUUCACCAGUUACUAUUCCAAUGGCAUCCACACUAAAAAGACAAAAUAGCUUUAGAGCAUUUCUCCACACACUGGCUAUAAGUGCUUGUUAGCUGCCUUGGUGCUCUCGGUGAAUUCUUUCGGGUAGCAGUCAGUUCCUCAGCUACAGGUACUUUUUGAUUGCCUUUGGUGGAGUGGAAACUAAAAACUCGGCAGUUGUUGAAACAAGAUGGAAUUCUUUCAGGUUUGUAUCCUAGGACACUUAAGAACUUGGGUUUGAUUUCACAAAAUGGUUAUACGUGAAAUAAAAGAUCAAGUGCUUGCAAGGUUAAAUUUCAGGAAAGCCCUCUUGGAAGCAGGACAAAGGCGGGGUAUAAAACGAAAACAAAAGUAGCCUGAGUCAGAGAGGUCAUUUGAUUUUACUCUGCACUCAAGACUGGUCCUCUCUGCCCACUGAAACAGAUUACAGCCAUGGCUUUGGAACACAACCAGUCAACAGAUUAUUAUUAUGAGGAAAAUGAAAUAAACAGCACUCAUGACUACAGUCAGUAUGAACUGAUCUGCAUAAAAGAGGAGGUCAGAAAUUUUGCAAAAGUUUUCCUGCCUGCCUUCUUCACAAUAGCUUUCAUUAUUGGACUUGCAGGCAACUCCAUAGUAGUGGUGAUUUAUGCCUAUUACAAGAAGCAGAGAACCAAAACAGAUGUGUACAUCCUGAAUUUGGCGGUGGCGGAUUUACUCCUUCUGUUCACUCUGCCUUUUUGGGCAGUUAAUGCAGUUCAUGGGUGGGUUUUAGGGGAAAUCAUGUGCAAGGUCACUUCAGCCUUGUACACAGUCAAUUUUGUCUCUGGAAUGCAGUUUCUGGCUUGCAUCAGCAUAGACAGAUAUUGGGCAGUAACUAAAGCCCCAAGCCAUUCAGGAGUGGAAAAGCCAUGCCGGAUCGUCUGUUUCUGCGUCUGGAUGGCUGCCAUCUUGCUGAGUAUACCUCAGCUGGUGUUUUAUACAGUAAGUCACACGGAUAGGUGCAUUCCCAUCUUUCCAUACCACCUGGGAACAUCAAUGAAAGCAUCGAUUCAGAUGCUGGAAAUCUGCAUUGGAUUUGUGAUACCCUUUCUUAUUAUGGGAAUCUGCUACUUUAUCACGGCAAGGACGCUCAUCAAGAUGCCAAAUGUUAAAAAAUCUCGACCCCUCAAAGUUCUGCUCACCGUGGUGAUAGUUUUCAUUGUCACUCAGCUGCCUUAUAACAUUGUCAGGUUCUGCCAAGCGAUAGACGUCAUCUACUCCCUGAUCACCGACUGCGACAUGAGCAAACGCAUGGAUGUUGCCAUCCAAAUCACAGAGAGCAUUGCCCUCUUCCACAGCUGCCUAAACCCAGUCCUGUAUGUUUUUAUGGGAUCCUCUUUUAAAAACUACAUUAUGAAAGUUGCCAAGAAAUAUGGGUCCUGGAGAAGACAACGACAAAAUGUGGAGGAGUUUCCUUUUGAUUCUGAAGGUCCUACAGAGCCAACCAGUACAUUCAGCAUUUAAAUGUAAAACUGCCCUGUCUUGCUUCAAUAUACAAGAAGGAUGCUGCUGCUUCAGCUAAAACAGCUGCGUUACUCUGAAACUCAAAUCUGAAACACUGAGGUGGCAAUUUAGAGAAGAGGUUGGGGUUAAGAGGGGGAGGGAGGUAGAAGCCAAGAAAAAGAGGAAACAAAAUAAUCAGUGCAUAGAACAUGAAAAUUAAAAUGAAAAAUAUUGGAAAAUAGCAGUAACAAGCAUAAGUAAUAAAAGCUUAUAAGUUAAGGCCAUCUAAAACAUUAAUGAAGAGGCUUAUAUUAAGGGGCAUUUGUAAUUAUUUUAAAUUAUCUAAAUUUUAAUAUAAGAAUGAUUUCUCUGCAUAAAUUUAGUAGUUGAAUAGUUGAAUUUUAUAGUUGAAUAACUAUAUGGCAAAAUUUAUUCUAGCUUUCUUUACCUGUUUCUUAAUUUGUAGUGAUUCCAUAAAACUCCAGAAAGAAUAACAAUUAACAACAGAAAAUACAUAAAGAGCUUUUCUAGCCCUUUUAAUACAUUCCUGGUAAUUUCUAAACACAUAAUGUGCUUUCAUAUGUCAACUUUCUUUAGUAAUAAACUGGUGUCUUAGAUUUAUCAUGUAUACUCUAGAAGCAAUCUUUCAGAUAAUCGUAUUUAUCUAGGUUCCAAUUUUUAUAACUUUCUAAAGGGUCCAUCCAUUUGUGUGAGUCUAUUACUGCAGGUUGACUAAACAAUGUAUUUUUCUAUGUAUACAGAUUUUUAUUUUUCACUUAAACAUUUGUAUUUUUAAGCAAUGAAAAUAUGUACCCAAUAAUUUUUAAUAACAUGUAUAGCUUCUCACUUUAAAAAUAAUUAUACAUAAAUUACUAGAGUCCAUGUUGUAUGUUCCUAUUAAAAUUUAAUUUUGAUAGAAAUGACAAUGGUCAAAAAUAUUGUGUACUAAUAUGAAUUUGAUCUUUCACAAACUAUAAAAGAAAAAGUCAUUUUCUACUCUUAAAAUAAACAUCAAGACAUGUUAUUUUAAAUUACUUUUCUUUUUGUCAACUAUUUCUAAAUCUGAAGAUGCCUUCAAAGGCAGAAUUUAAAAAACUGUGAUCGUGAAACUAAUAACUAUGUGUCAUAUUAUUCUAGCACAGCAUCUAGUACAAAGGCUCAAUCUGAAU